AUGAAAAUGGCUGGUGUGCAAACAUUUAUGGACGUCGUGCGCACAUUUGCCGACAUUUGUGAGCAGUGGAUGGAUGUUCGGAUGACGAUGGAGGAUGGAUGUUUUACGAAUUUCACUACACCCCAAGAACAAAACGCGUUUUUUGAACAUUUACGCGAUUCGCUACAAGAAACCGUGUAUUUACCCUACCAUGGAACGUGGAUGCUCCCAAUGGCUGUGAUGGGACUCGUGUUGACAACACUUUAUCUUC